AUGUCGCAGUUCGCACUAGUCCGAUCCCGGAUAGUAUUUGUUACUGAAGUGGUUUCUGUAGCAAGUUGGAUCUUUUGGCGCUCAAAGCAGAACGUGGAUUUUGCAUUUUUAAUGUGCUAUUGCCACGGUCUCUCGCAGUACUAUCUUCAUUUAGAAGACGAUGUAUUCCCAGCGCCAAGCUUUUAUCGCAAGCUCCGUGAUUUUAUCUCAUCGGUUAAGACAACUUGGCCCAUUCUGGACGCUUCCUUCAUGGGACACGUAGCCAAAAUUUAUCACGCCAACGACCUGGAGAAUCUUGCCACCUAUUUUUACCUUAUGUACGACGAAAUGCCCGCAGAUUGGUUGAUUUUAUUUUGGCGACAGAUUAAACAUGAUGGACCUUACCAUCCAAAGCUCACUUUUCCUCCAGCUUCCCUGUUUCAACAUAUUGGAAGUCACUCUUCUUUUGCGGAAAACAAGGGCCGUGAUACUAACACAUCGAGGGAAAUAUAUUUUGACCAGUACGAUCUCAAAUACAAGGGUUUGAAUCCUUUGGCUAACGUCAGCAGCCAAAUGACGUCUAGUUAUGGACAUCCUCAAGAUGCUUACAACAGAGGUUAUGGCUAUUUCUGGAGCAAGAAAGUCAAGAAAGAUGACUUUAUUAUUGUCCAGUUUACUCCAGCAGUGUCUAUACGUAAAGUGUUCGUUGAUACAGGCUCUUAUAUUGCUCCUGAUGAUCAUCUUCGGUCGGCUGUUUUGCAAGCAAGUUCUAACAAUAAAAACGAACUGCAGACCAAUGCAAAUGGAAUUAAAACUUGUACAGUGUUUGAGACAAUAGGAAAUUUCCAACAAGGGAAAGUCGAAGUCACUUUCAAUGAAAGUAAAAUCACAUCUUGUUUACGGGUGUUGGUGACACAAAACCAUACUAACUGGGUUUUCUUCAGGGAGAUUGAUGUUUGGCAAGUUUAAACUCAAGUCUUUGUGUUUAGGCCCUAGUUCAGUUUCAAGUUUGCGGAGAGGACUCUUAUAGGCAAGAGACUAUCUCGUUUCCCUCAUUCUUUUGGUUAGUACCGAAAUGACCUUUGUAUUGACAGACUCCAACAACAACAACAGCCACAAUAAUAGCAAUAACAACCACACGAGUAACACCCACGACAACGAUAGAGGUAGUCAAAGAUAUUAACAGGAUUGUUUUUAAAAUUUUUGCGUAGAGGUCAAGAUAGAGUUGUAAGAACAGCAAUGAUUAAUUCUUAUGAAAAUGGAGGGUUAAGGGUGUUAGACCUUGAGACUCUGGUAAAAUCUGUCAGGUUGUCGGUUCAAAAGGUUGCAUGCCAGUGAAAACGCUGGCUGGAACUGUUACCUCACUCAUAUGCUUAAACCAUUUGGAGGUGUCUUUCUUUUUCACUGUGACUAUCCUGAGGAUUAUAAUAUAUCAAAUCAAUUCUAUGCCGAGUUGAUUAAGUUCUGGGCUGAGUUUAGGAACGCCGUCUCUGAUAAGGACAAUAAAAGCUCAAUUAUGUGGAAUAAUAAAAACACAAGGAUAGAUGGCAAACCUGUUUUUUAUUUAAAAAAAGUUCUUUGAAAAAAACCUAACGUUACUCAGUCAAGUAGGUUUAUCAAAGAACAAUUUGGAUUCAUUGGAUGUUAUUAGAUAAGAAACGAAUGUUAGUUGUAAUUUCUUAGAGUUGUCCGGGUUUAAGAUCGGCAAUACCCUAUUACUUGAGGAAGGAUGGUGGUGACAGUAAUAUAACAAAGUUGGGUUUUUUUCGUAAUGAUGCUUUCUACGACGUAAGUUUGGCCAAAAGCAAACAGUACUAUAAUUUGUUAAUUCAAUUAAAAGCUACCUUACCAAACGCUGCAAAAACGCUGAAGGAUAAGUUUAACAUGAGAUAUGAGGAUUAUCUAAGGUAUACCUUCUACCAAUAAAAGUUGGCAUAGAAACGUCUUUAAGAAAUUUUAAGUUAAAGGUGGCUCAAAACAGUUUCCAGCCCUUAGAUUUUGAUAAGUUGUUAUAACCUCUCAAAAAACUGCCCAAUCAUUGGUGGACACGUUGUUAUCAUUUUCGCGACACAAUACGUUA